CAGUUAACUCUUUAUCUCUUAUUGCAGUAUCCACUAUCCUGUGAUGUUUGUAGCUUUAAGAAGCUAUGGGUGUCUGCUCAAAUUUGAACCAACCAUGGAACUCUAUACACCCCACAGUUACACUCUUCCGAUAUUGCAAAACACAAGCUGAUAUUAAUCAAAUACAUGCCAGAAUUAUAACUACAGGUCUUAUUAGAAGUUCUUUACUUACUACAAAGCUCAUCAUCAGUUUCACUUCUUCGCAGCACACUCCACUCAUUAAGUUUGCUCGUUACGUUUUGAAUUAUAGAAAUGAUGGUGACCCAUUUCUGUGGAAUUUAGUUAUCAAGUGUUUUUCUCAUGGUGAAGAGCCCAUUGAGGCUGUUGUGUUGUUCUGUUUGAUGCUUGAAAAGGGGGUUUUUGUCGAUAAGUUUUCGUUUUCUUUGGUUUUGAAAGCUUGUUCUAGAUUGCAGUUGGUGAAUGAAGGGGUGCAGAUUCAUGGGUUGUUGAGGAAAUUUGAGUUUGGGUGUGAUUUGGUUCUGCAGAAUUGUUUGAUUUGUAUGUAUUGUAAAUGUGGGUGUGUUGAGUUAGGUCGUCGAGUUUUCGAUGAGAUGAUUGUUAGGGAUUCUGUUUCGUUUAAUUCGAUGAUUGAUGGGUAUGUUAAGAGUGGAAAGAUAGGUCUGGGGAGGGAUUUGUUUGAUUCUAUGCCGGUUGAGUUGAGGAAUUUGAUAACUUGGAAUUGUAUGAUUAGUGGAUAUGGUGAUAGGUUUGAGAGUGCUUGGGAGUUGUUUAGGGAAAUGCCGGAGAGGGACUUGAUUUCUUGGAAUUUGAUGCUUGAUUGUUGCGCGAAAUGUGGGGAGAUGGAAGUUGCUAAUGAUUUGUUUAAUAAAAUGCCGAAAAGGGAUGUGAUUAGUUGGGCUAAUAUGAUCGAUGGGUAUGGAAGGUUAGGUUGUGUUGAUAUUGCUAGGGGCUUGUUUGAUGACAUGGGUGAGAGGGAUGUUGUUUCAUAUAAUGUGAUGAUGGCUGGGUAUGUUCAGAAUGGGCAUUGUAAGGAAGCUUUAGAAUUGUUUCAUGUUAUGUUGCGUGAGAGAAAGUUUUAUCCUGAUCAUACAACUUUUGUGAUUACUCUUUCAGCAAUUGCGCAAUUAGGAAACAUUGAUGAAGGAAUUUUUGUUCAUAGGUACUUGGAGGAAAAUAAUUUUAUGGUUGAGGGAAAACUUGGUGUGUCCCUUAUAAACAUGUAUGCAAAAUGUGGAAGCAUAGAGAUCGCUAUGCAUGUAUUUGAGAUUAUAAAAGAGAAAAAUGCUGAUCACUGGAAUGCAAUGAUUGGUGGGUUGGCUGUUCAUGGUUUGGGCGAAAUAGCAUUUGACUUGUUCAUUGAAAUGGAGAGACUUUGUGUACAACCAGAUGACAUUACAUUCAUAGGAGUGUUAAAUGCUUGUGGUCAUGCUGGCAUGGUGAAAGAAGGCAUAAUAUGUUUUGAAAUAAUGAGAAGAAUUCAUAAAUUAGAGCCUAAACUACAACACUAUGGAUGCAUGGUUGACAUACUCGGUCGAGCAGGGCAUAUAGAAGAAGCUGCAAGAUUUAUACAGGACAUGCCAAUUGAGCCAAAUGAUGUUGUUUGGAGAACUCUGCUUAGUGCUUGUAAGAUUUAUGAAAAUCUGAGUAUUGGAGAGGACGUGGCUAAGUAUUUGAUUCGCAGGGAUCCUCAUAAUUCAGGCUCGUAUGUGCUUCUGUCCAAUAUCUAUGCUAGUUUGAGUAUGUGGGAUUGUGUCAGAAAUGUAAGGACAAUAAUGAAAGAAAGAGAACUGGAGAAAAUUCCAGGUUGUAGUUGGAUUGAAAUAGAGGGAGCUCCUCAUGAGUUCUUGGUGGGUGAUAGAUUGCAUCCUCAAGCAAAAGAGAUAUAUUCCUCGUUAGACAUGUGGCACAAUAUAAUCAGAGAUGUCAUGUUUUAGAAACUGAUGUAACUAAGAAGUUUUCGCAGACACAUUGUUAAGCCAAACGCGAUUCCUCCAUUUUUUGUUGUUUUAUUGGAAUUCAUCCAGCACUGUCUCAAACGAGCAUUUAUGUUGAACCUGAGUUCCAGAACUCCAGAAGAUCGAGAGCAGCCAAGCAGGUAUUGAGGUUAUAGUGCUUUGAUGUUCAGCCCUUAGAUUUUUGCAAAGAACAUGUGACCAUGAAAUCUGUCUUUGCUGUUACCUUUGAGCAAAUUGAAAUAGACUAGUUAAAUCAGUAGCAGAUCAA